CGCGCCCGGGCCUCCCGCCCGCGCAGUGCGCUCGCGAGCCUCCGCGCGACAGGUCGCCCUUUCGUGCCCACGCCAGCUCCGGAGCACCGCCCAUCAGCUCAGGUAAGGGUGUGGAAGGCCUCAUCCAGCUUCUUUUGGAGAAACGGCGUUCGUCAUGUUUUCUUCCCUGGCGAUGGCCGUUAUGUGGAUGUUACCGCUGGGCGUGGUGCUGCUGUACAACUGCAGCGCCGCGUUCCGCUACCACGCGCGGUUCACAUUCUUCACCCUGUGGCUGAUGGUGACGAGCAGCGGGCCCAUCCCGCUCAUGCUGCUGCGGCCCCGCAACUGGCGGAACGCACUAAUUCCUUCAUGGUUCGCCCGGGGGUUGUCAUGGCUGCUGGGAAUAAGCUGGGAGAUUCGCGGAAUGGAGAACGUGAAGGCUGUAGAGGAAGGCUGUGUCGUCCUCAUUAAUCAUCAGAGCGCCCUUGAUAUGUUGGUCUUUGCAGAGUUAUGGCCGCGCUUGGGGAACGGUGCCGUUAUUUCCAAGAAAGAGGUGUUCUAUCUGUGGCCGUUCGGGCUGGCCACAUGGCUGUGGGGCACCAUCUUCAUCGACCGGCUCAACAGUGAGAAGGCACGUUCAACCAUAUCCAGUACCGCCAACAUCAUUCGGCAAAAAAAGGUAAAACUGUGCAUGUUUCCGGAGGGCACGCGCAAUGAUGGCAAAGCGCUACUGCCCUUCAAGAAAGGCGCGUUCCACGUGGCCCUGGACGCCCAGCGGCCGCUGCUGCCGGUGGCCGUGUCGCGGUACUACUUCCUCGACGCCAAGACGAAGAAAUUCGACGGAGGCUCUAAUAUCAUCUCCAUCCUACCUCCCGUGCCUACGAAAGGGCUGGGUCGCAACGACCUGGAUGAGCUGAUAGAAAAAACGCGCGCCAUCAUGGACGCUGAAGUGACGCGCAUUUCAGAGGAGGCCGUACGGCGCGCGACCGCCAGGGGCGUGAAGGUCGACUGACGCCGCCGCCCUCCGGUACCACGGCCGCCCUCGCCCUCGCUUCCUUCACUGCCGACGACUCUGUGCCCGAGAACUUCUCCUCCACUAGCAAUACUGUUUUUUAAGAUGGCGAAACUAACAUUGACACUUUCACCGACAGCUCAUCAGCCAACAGCGCCGAUUUAGACGUCCAUGAUAUCUACGACUCGACAAUCAAGUCGUCGCAAACCACACCACUUACAAAACCCGUGCCUCGAACGACUUCGCAGAACAUUGAGAACUUUUCCGGGUGGAGUCGCUCCUAGGCAAUGAAGCGGACAUUUGGAGCAUCUUAUCACGAUCUACUUCAGAACGUAAUGCACUUUUUCUUCUUUCACUCGACAAGGGUGUUCUCUACAAUUCGUGUGCAUUCACCGAGAAGUCGAAGCGAAGAUAGUGAUCCUAUGACCGCCGUAGAUUGGCCAGAUUCGGCUCGGCCGAAAGCUUUGGUAGCGGUGAUCACUUUUCAAUCACCAACAAUAACUAUCGCUUCGCCAACCAAGAUUUACAUUGUUGUACAAUUUGCACAGCGAAAGUGAAUUCAUUUAAAACGGAGGAAAUUAUUAAGUGGAAUUUCCUACACAAAAAAACAAAUAACAUUCUCUUCAAAAGAAUACAUUCCAGAAUAACAAAUUCUACAACCAUUCCGAGCCAUUUUGAGAAUAAUCGAAAUUAUUGUAAUAUAACGCUACUCUUAACGAAAUACCUAAGUACCUAAUAAGUUUAAAACAGAGGUACAUAAUUACGUAAGUGUGCUUAUAUUUAAAUUUAAAUAUUAACACUGCAGUGGUUGUGAAUCCUGAACUUUAAAGCAUUACCUGCAUUCAUUGAAAUUUGAUUAGUGGUAGAGAGCAAUGACAUCAUUGAGCACUUACCAAUUUGUGUAGUACAUUUAUUGGGUGGAAUACUGUUUGGCCACUCCCUUUAAGUAUAGAUUUCCUUCUUGAAAAUAUACUCAGUACAAUUUACAGUUUAUUUUGAGCCCUAAACACAUUUCAAAGAUUUUUCACACAAUAGCUACUGUUUGUUUUAUUAAGAUUAUUGUUCUUCUUUUCCUUUUGUUUUUUCCCAGCAAAAUAAAUGCAACAAAAAAUUAUAGACUUGGAAUACCAAUUUUCAACUGCAGGAAUUUGCUAAGGUUGACAGCCAUAAUGCAAGAAUAGCAACUUCCAUCGUUUUUUGAAUGUCAUUUACAAGCAGUAUAUCUCUACAUUUGAAGAUUUUGAAGGCUUCACAUCAUUAUCCAGGGUCGUUACAGAAGCAUAAGUAGAAGGAAGUCUCAGCAGUUUGCAACAUGUUGUGGAUGCAGGACUUGGAAAUUUCUGUUGAUCACAUUUCUUGUACUAUCAACUGUCCAGCUUUGAGGAAAAGAUCAUAGGACACUAGUUGAUAUUGUGUUUCAGCGAUUAGCAUACAUUAAAGGCAGACUAUUAACCAUGGAUACAUUCUUACCUCAAUUGGUAAUGAUAAGUGCAAAGUGAGGCUGUCUGACAAUUUUAAAACUAUAUUUAUGUCCAAUUAGUAGAUCGAUGUUUAAUAUAUUUUGUCACUGUUCUUAAUUUAUUUGAAUGUAAUUUAAGUUCAAUAAAACAUGUUUUCAUCAAUUAAUU